AUGCUUACAUCGACUCUCUUGUUUAUAUUUGAAAUCACAUUAGCGGCCACUCAGAUCCCAAGCCACACGGAUUACCAGAGAAUAGGCGAAGUUCUAUUUAGAAAUGAAAAGUAUAAUGUAUACAAACCUACUAUACAUUCAGUGACGGAUUAUUUUAAGAGUUACAUGCUAGACCAGCUGAGAAGGAAACCGAAUGAGAGAGUUUUUAUCGACGACGAUGGCUUUCGACACGAAUGGCUAAACUUUGACGAAGACAAUGGAAACUUGCGCAAGCAAAACACCGAUAUAUCAGUAAAAAAUCAAACUACAACUAGACCUAACGUAGAAAAGAAAAGGAGGAAGACGCCGAAAAGAAAAAAGAAAGUAACAGAAGCAGUAAAAGAAGAUAGAAAAAAUUUAAGAGAAGGAGAAAACUUGGAAGGCAGGACCGUUGCUAAAACCACGUUUUACUGCCCAUUCCUCGGAAUCGUCACGAUGCAUUCCUUCCUUGACUGA